GGCCGGCCAGGAUGGGGAAGGCGCGGAGGUCGCCGGGCCGAAGGCGGACGCCGCCAGCGCCUCCCCCGGCUCGCGAGCGGGGCUCCCGGAGCGCCUCCCGGGCGCCGGCCAAGCCGCCUCCGCCUCCGCCGGCCAAGGGGGCUCCGCUGGGCUCGGGCUGCCCGGGGGCGUCGGAGGAGGAGGAGCCCCCCAGCCUGGCCCUGGGGGCGCAGCGGGAGCGCUGGCUGCAGUUCCAGAAGCGGCAGCGGCUCAGCUGCGAGGAGGCGGCCAAGCUCCUGCUCGACGCCUUUGAGUAUCAAGGGCUGGUGAAACACACGGGAGGCUGUCACUGCGGGGCCGUCCGGUUUGAAGUCUGGGCCUCCGAUAACCUUCAUGUUUUUGAUUGCAAUUGCAGCAUCUGUGUGAAGAAACAGAACAGGCAUUUCAUCGUGCCCGCUUCCCACUUUAAGCUGUUGAAGGGUGCUGACCAUCUCACAACGUAUACCUUCAACACUCACUCCGCCCAGCACACCUUCUGUAAGACGUGCGGUGUCCAGAGUUUUUAUACCCCGCGUUCCAAUCCGGACGGUUACGGAAUCGCGCCCCAUUGCCUGGAUGAUGGGACCAUCACCAAGAUCACGGUGGAGCCGAUCAACGGGAAGGAAUGGGAGAAAGCGGUGAAGGGCCACCCGACUAUCAGGAAUAUGUCGAAGCCUUGACUGUCCUUUUUUCUGGAAAAACCUUCUUUUAAUUCGGGUUUCGUUUAGGAAACCAAAAGGUGCCAUUUUGUAUGUGUGUGUGUAUCUCUCUCUCUCUCCUGCCUAUUUCCUCCAUCGGAUAGAAUAGCGGCAUAGAAACAGGACUCUCUCGAUCCGACGCAUCAAAAAAAUACGUGUAAAAUAUUUCUUUCCUACCUUGAGAAAAAAAGAGCGAUUGAGAUUUAAAUGUCGCGAAGACCCAAAAACUUACACCAUCGAUGUUUGCUCAUGGUGCAAAGAUCCAGAGGGGAAUUUCCAAGAGGGCCUCCCCCCACACCUACGGAUAGUCCUCAACUUACCACUUUUCAUUUAGCGACCGCUGGAAGUUUUACAUCAUCAUUGAAAUCAUUGCCCGGCCCUCCUGUCGGAGCCGAAGAAGCUUCUUGGAUGAGAAGGGAAACGUCUUCUUGUGGGAGCUUCAUCACGGGGGGGCUUUCAAGGGGAGAUCGGACUGCCAUUUGUCGGGGAUGGUGUAGGGGGUCUCUUGCUUGAGCGGGGGGUUGGACUAGAUGACCUCCAAAGGUCCCUUUCCAACUCUGUUAAUCUAUCUAAUAGUGUCUUCAAAGAAAAAAAUCAGAAAGUCCAAGUUGCCUCUUGAAAGAAAAAAAAAAAGAGCAUUUUUUGGGACAACCUGGAUGACGGAGGACCUCCAUAAACAUUUAGCAUUGAAAAAAAAAAGUGACUUAUGACCGAUUUUCACACUUAACGACCAUUGCAGCAUCCCUAGGGAAUCACGAGAACAAAAUUCGGACGCUCGCUAACCGGUUCGUUUUUAUGACGGUCGCGGUGUCCCCGGGAUCACGGGAUCCCUUUUUGUGACCUUCUAAAAGGCUAAAUCCACGGGGAAAGCCAGGCCCACUUAAAAACCGCGUUCCUAACUUCGCCCCUGCAGUGAUUCACUUAGUAACGGUGGCUGGGAAAAAAACGUUGUACAGCGGGGCCAAACUCGCCGAACCAAGUGUCUCGCUCAACAACGGAAAUUCUGGGCUCAAUUACGGUCGUACGUUGAGGAUUACCUGUAUUUUGGGGGGCAAGGAGAUCUCCUCCAAUGGAAGUAGGAGAUUCCAUCUAACUGAGAUUCUUUCUUAAUUAAGACGGCCUGAAGAUUCGGAGAAGAUCUCCAUUAUUUAAAAAAAAAGAAAAGAAAAAAAUGAAUUCUUAAAGAUUUUUUUUUAUCGGAAGGAAGCGCUGAUCCAUCAGAAAUGAUCCAUCAUUUCUCUGGAGGCCUCAUUUUAUGACGGUCUUUAAUUCGACCCGUGGCUUAACCUUGUGGCCGGAGCUGCCCAGCGUUAAGAAACUUGGUUUGUCCUGCCGAGUGGGGGGGGGAAAUGUCUUUGUGUAUUGUGUGAAUGCCUAAAGUGGCUUCAUUUCAGUUUUCGGGUUUAGCGUUUAGGUAUGAAUGCUGUUUUAAACGUCGCUUUGUCCAAAACGACACUUUUCACUUUUUUGAGGAAUUUCUUGUUUUGGAAAAAAAAAAAAAAGGAAUAAAAAUAAAAAAAACACGUAUUUUUAAAACGUU